CAGUAAUUUCUGUAGGGCGAAUUCUCACCAGAUUUCAACGGAAUUUUUCGCUAAAAUAGUGUUAAUUUCACCGUGAAAAUGACCACCUUCAACCUGAAAUCCUUCCCGCUAGUGUGCCGGCUAUGUCUGCAGUCGAAACCCCAGGAAGAACUGCUUUCGCUGGACAGCUUCCGGCUCCAGUUCGGCAAAACGAUUGCCGAGAUGCUCGAACUAGUCACCUUCAAAGUACCGGAGGAACAGCUGGUCUUUCUUCCGAUGGAAAUCUGCGAGGAGUGCCUGGGAGUGUUCGAAUUCUUCUACAAGUACAAGCGCAAGAUUCAUCUGAUUCAGCGAUUCUCGUUCGGGCUGGCCGAAAUCAAAUGUGGCAACCCACAGGCAAUGCAUCAGCUCUUCGAGCUGGAAGGAGACCAACUGAAGAUGCUCUUUAAAGAUUUGAAUCUUUGCACCCGGGAGAAUGUGGAGGCCGAAGAUCUGUUGGCCGAGUUUGAUCAGUACGAAAUUUCCUCGGCCAUAUGCGUCAAAAUCGAGAGUGAUAGCGAAACCGAUGGUGGGCUUGAGGUUGAGGAACCUGAUUUGGAUGGGUUGAUUAAGCAAGAUUAUGAAAUAUUUGAAAUAACUAAAAUUCCUAGGAGUUUAGUGGAGGAAACUGACCGAAGUGAACUUUCGGAAAAGUUGUCACUCGAGGAAAUUUCGAUUCUGGAUGUAAGUGAUCCUUCCGAAAGAAUAAAAGAUGUACAUUUCGUUCAAGUCACGAAAAAUGAACAUGAUGUUCAUAUCCAAAAAAGCCUUACAGAUGUUGAAAUGUCUAGCAUCAUCGAUUCUACUGUGGAAGAAAAUAUAUCUGAUUUCUACGGAGAGACUGUAGGACCAGAAGAGGAUCUAAUCUCAAAUACGUUGGAAAAUCAAGAGCUGCAAAGUGACAAUGAAAGCUCCGAUGACGACGGUGAACAAUGUUCGGAGUACACCUUGAUGGAAGCUGGAGAAGAUUGCGAUUUGAUGCAAGAUGAAGACGAGGAGCCAGCUGAGAAGAAACGUAGAAAAAAUUUGCGCCUCCGUGAAGAAGCAGUCGAUGAACAGCACUGCACGAUUGAGGAUUGUAAAUUCUCCACAGAUAGGCCGUCCCGUUUCGAGAAGCAUUUGAGGAAGCGUCAUCCCAAGAAGCUGGAACUUCUAUCGUGCUUCCGAGAAGGAUGUAAAGGGGAGCUGUUUCCUAGCCGAGAACUGUUGAUACAGCAUAAAAAUGAUUUCCACAACACACACAUCUGCGUCAUUUGCGAUAAGGUGAUGAGGCAUUUGGUCGCCUAUGAAAAUCAUGUCCGUUCACACGAACGGAAGCGAGAAUCGACCAUCAAGUGUGGAAUAUGUAAGGAACUGUUUUGCACCGAGCCGGAACUUCAGAGGCAUGCUGUUAAGCAACAUGCCGUUCGGUUUUUGUUCGAGUGUCAAGAGUGUGGACUGGGUUUCAAACAGAAAAUGCUGCUCAACCAACACAUGCUGACGCAUUCGGUGGAGCGUAACUUCAACUGUGAGCAGUGCGGGAUGGGCUUCAAAACGGCUAACCAUAUGCGGCGUCAUGCGCGUACGGUCCACUCGGAAAUCCGAUUUGCAUGCGAACACUGUCCGAUGUCGUACGGUCGCCGGGAUAAGCUACGGAUGCACAUGGAGAAGGUUCAUGAUAUCCAAACGUACUUCGUGUGUGACAUCUGUUGCGUGACGUUCGAAACGAACGACAAGCUGGAGGAGCACAAACAGCGGCACGAGAGUCCCCAGGAAAUGGAGUGUGGCAUCUGUCUGGCGGCUUGCACCACUCCCAAGGAAUUUAACGAGCACAUGUGCAUCACUUACCAGGAUAACUACGUGUGCUGUGGACGAGAUUUCCGGUAUCAUUCCUUCUUCAACCGUCACAUGUUCCUAACCCAUGGGGUCAGCAUAAAUGCACGAGUCAAACCGAAGGCGGGUGUCCUGAUGGGGAAACAACGUGCCAUGAGGAAACCGGUCGAACGCUGCACUAAAUGUGAGUAUGUUUUCGCAACUCGAAAACUCAAGAAACAACACAUGGAGAGUUGCGAAGGGCAAGUGGUCAUUUUCGAAAUAGAACCCGUUGGGGACGACAAAACGAUACAACCGUCAGCUGAAGUUUAACAAAAAAGGAACACUUUUUCUCUAUGAAGAAAAAUAUACCUACUGUCAAAAUUCACGGGAUUAGUUUAAUUUAUUAUGGCUAAACCUAGCGAUGGAAAGAGAUUCUUUAGACUGUUAACAACCACGGUAGACAAUUAUUUGAGUAGGUAGGUAGUUUGCUUAAGCGUUUCCGAUUACCGCAUUUAUGAUUUGUUUCUCGUGUGCUGCUGACACUGGGCUCUGACGAUUGACAGAUCGAUUAGCUACUAAGGAACAAACAGGUACGCUUUGGCCACAAGUAGAGAGAUUAUGAUGAUUGAUUCGAGUAAAUUUGAAAGCGUGAUACGUUACCGACUUACAGUAAUUCAACUAUCGAAGUUGUCGCUGUAGUAGGAAUUGAAGUUGACUCUGUAAAAACCAGAAAAAAUAACCGAUAAGUGAUACGUUCUUAUGAGAAGACUUUUAAAAAAGCUUACCUGUGAAUGAGAUUGAUAAACUUCUCCGAUGGGUUUUGGGUGGCGAUGACGGUGAUUUUGCGCAGCAAUGCCAUCAGCUGGUUGGUGAAAUCCGUUCGGAAAUGUUCCACCCGUUCCGAGAACGUUUCGGUCGGUUCCAUCGAGGUGGCAUCCUGUGG